AUGCCUGACAGCCUACUUCUUCCGACUACCUAUGCGGACUGCACAGUCAGCCAUCUUCCCCGUCGCGAGAGCAGAUUCCGGCUACAGCUCAUGGCCAUAGCAGAAUCAUCCGUGCGGUGUUGUUUACCUGGCGGGCCAACAUCUACUACCUCGUAUAGCAUGAGAGCGAUUCUCUCCGUGGUGAGCAGCCCUUUGGCGAAAGACCACAUCGAUUUUUUCACUUCGAAAUGGCCCAUCAUCUCCGUAUCUACCUCAGUAUACCCUCUCGCACGAACUCCUACUGCACAAGAUAAUCACUAUAUCACUGACCAUUUUCCUGAGGUCCUUGACACAUCCCACCUCUCUGACUCGGCGACGGCCCACUAG